UGCCGAGUCAUCGUGUGGGCGGGGCGCCGCGCUGGAAAACAGAUGCCAUGUUGACUGCGUAGAGAUGAAGACGUGCGGAACAUUAUGGAGAGAGAUUUCUGCUGUUUAACAGACACAGACGAGCUGCGGAGCUUCAUCUCACACUCCGAGAGGACCAAGACGCUGUUUGAGGAGAUCCGCGCCUCCAUCAACAAUAACGCGGAGGGCGAGCGAUGGUUCUGGCGGCCUGUUCUGCCCUGGGGCGGCGUGUUCCCCAUCAGAGCGGGACGGAAGGCCAUCGCCAGCACGCCACUGUACGUUCAGAUCAGCCUGAAGAACACCUGCACCAUCGACGGCUUCCUCAUGCUGCUCUACGUCAUCCUGAGAGACAACCGCAGCUUCCCCCGAGAGGUGGCGCCGUUCCUGGGCAAGCGCUUCGUGGAGCACUUCCUGUUCCUGAUGGACUCGUGCGACUACACCACGGUGAAGAUGCUGUGGAUCUGGGACCGCAUGUCCAAGCGGCAGUACCGCUCUGAAGUGCACCACACGGCGCUGGAGAUCGACCUCUUCGGCAAUGAGCACGAGAACUUCACCAAGAACCUGGAGAACCUGAUGUCCAGCGCACAGGAAAGCUGGUGCUCCAACGAGAACUGCCUGGCCCGCUUCCAGGAGCACCUGCAGAAGACCAUCAGUGUCAAUCCUCCUCAUGAGCUUCCAGAUAAAGAUCCCAUUCAGUCAGCGGUGGACGAGUUCUUCUGCCCGCGGCUGGAGCCAUGCGAAGAGUUCGGAUGUGACGGUCUCAGAGAGUUCAGUCAGAGGCUCUUCUGUCACGGCCCGCCGCCCUUCGUCAUCCUCAACAUGCAGAUGUGGCAGUCGGAGGAUCUGUCUUACGUGCCGUUUCACCUGGAGCUCUCUGAUCAACGGUAUUCGCUGGAGGGCGCGACACUCUUCAACAGAGACGAGCAUCAUUAUUCCGCAGCCUUCCAGAUCGACGGAUACUGGAUGCAUUACGACGGCCUGCGGAGGAACCUGGUGCUGCUGAACAAACCGCCCGAGUUCCUGCUGCUGUCCUCGCUGGUCUACAUCCGGACCACAGACAGAUGAGACGCCUCCACAGCUCCUCCUGCAGUCCGAAGGCGCUUUUCACUGCCAGUUUUGCACUUCCAUGUGGUUUUGUGGACAAUAAAUCAAUCGAUGUCUUCUUCAAGAAUGAACUAUUUUUGUGCGACAUUUUAUACUCUUGUAUUUGAUUGAUUUUUGUAAUUUUCUAAGCGAUUCUCUGGUGUGUUUUCGGCGGUGCUUGGAAUCCAAGAAUCUGUACAUGGACUAUAAUAGUUCUGGGGCGCUUCGAGUAAGAAGCAAAACCCUUAUUUUACAGAAACAUUUAUGCAACUCAAAUCUGAAUUCAGAUCAAUCAGAAAAUCUCAGUGUUUCACGUCUGCCAUCCACAUUAAUACAGACAGAAAAACUAUUUUCUCAGUACGUGAUCUGAUCAGGUCCCAAAUACAUGAAUUCACACUGAACUGCUGCUGAUGAUUCGGUUUCAUGUACAAAUCGGAUUUCAUGGAAACUGCUUUUUUAAAUCAAGAUCACACUUCUUAAUCUUUAUUACUUUCAGCUGUCAUGAGCAGACACACUAGUCUUUAGUUUAAUAGGUUUAGCUUCCUGAAGCAUGACAGUAAUCGACUCCAGAGUACGAGUGAAUAUAAUAAUCAGUGCGCAUUACUUUUAUAAUCAGUAUCAAAAACUAUUCAGAUAUUGUAUCUGCUGUUACAAAUAAAUCUAUUUGUUUCUAA